AUGCCCAGUAAAUCACCAACAAAUUUGCCCAGUUCCUUGCCAACAGAGGAAUUCUGUGAAUUUGAUUUGGAGCUCAACUGUGUUCCCCCACCUGGGUUUGAAAGCUGUAAUGCAACUCCACCCCCAGUAACUCAGUGCACUGGGCGUCCCUUUGAAAUGGGGUUCCUCUACAAUGGAGGCACCUGUGAUCAGAGUUUCAAUGUUCAAGAAGGUCAAAAUCUCUUCUUCUGUACUGACUUCAGUGGUGGUCCUCCAACUGAAAGAGGUGCCAUGUCCUACAUUGUUGUCACUGAUACGGAUGAAGACACUGUCUAUCAUUCUGAUUGGGUGGCUGUUGGGGAUAUCUUUACCCUAUCAGACGGUGGCAACCGAUUCACAGCAAACCAGCUCAUUACAAUUUACAGCAGCAAUGAGACUUCUGAUUCAGCAAACAUCAUUCAAUCUAUCCAAUACCACAGCUCCUGUUCAAGCAACCUCUUUCUGAAAGACAGGUUUGGCGCCACUCAGCUUGUAGUAUGGAUCAAUGAAGACCAAGGAGUUGUGUCUUGUUUUGCAAACCAGACAUUUGAGAUGGACAUCACCAUCCCAGUUGACAUAGUGGGCGGCCCAGCAACUCUGCAAAGCUUGACUGUGGCGUCAAACAUUGAUCCAUUCUUUUUCAAUCUUACAGACAAAGUUGCUGGCACCGUGGUUGAAGCAGGAGAAACGGUUGCUGUCUCCAUUACGGUCCCCAUUGAUUUGACUGAACGAAAGACGUACAAUCUGUUGGUGACUGUAUUUGCCGUGACUGCUUCAGGUCAGACUUGCAGAGCCACAGAUCUGACUUCCUUUGAUGCAGGAUAUCCUUUGCCUCCCAUCUUCCCCACCUUUUCACCAACCUCAGCUCCAACAGGCACUGAACCACCAACCCCUGAUCCAGAGACCAGUGUAUGCAAUCUGGAAGCAGACAUUAGCUGCCGGUCUUCGCAGGGAGUGAGCUGCAGGAGGUUGGAGGCACCCACUGCCAGCGUUUGUGAUUCUGAGUCGCCCGUAACAUUCCUCUCCUUUCGCUACACUGGGGCAAGCUGCGGUGACACUGUCGGCUGCGAAGAACUGGAUGCGGGCAAUCCCAUCGUUGACGAAGAAGUCUUCGUCAGCAUCACGAAUAGAGAUGGGGACAGCGUCUUUGAAAGCGUUGUGUUCGAGGACGACAUAAUCACCCUCACCAGCGGAAUAGACCGUGAGAUUACAAUCACUGUUUACACAGCCGAUGCGGCAAGCGGUACUUCGGGAGUCCAGCUACAGACAAUUGAACGGCUUCAGAUUGGCUGCAAUGGCCGAAUUGGACAGGAUUUGACGCUUUUGCAGGAACUCGGCGCCUUCCAGAUAAUCGCUUUCGAAAACGCUGAUCAAGGACGACAGACUAUUUUGGAACAAAUCACACUUUCAUAUACUGUGACAAACGAAGGUCCGCUCCCUGCCACCGUCAACUCGGCUGCCAAGACCGAGCCUACCAUUACAGAACUAUUACCAGACGGCCCAGAAAUCCUGCAAGGAUUGGAGUCCAGAACGUUUGUCGAUGAGCCCUUGACGAUCAACUUGGCCGAAGGCGGCGAGUUCCGAUUUGACUUUGGUGUAGUAGGCGAAGCUACUCAGAGUGGAGGCGAAUGCUUCGACAACGAAAGCUACAUCUUUUCUAUAUAA